AUGUGGGUGAGAACCUGUACCAGCUUGACUGUCAGAGGGAAUGCAGCACAUUUUAUCCUACAAGGCAUACUCAUCCAUUGCGAUCCUGCCAUGAAGCAGUUCUUGCUGUACUUGGAUGAGUCCAAUGCCUUGGGGAAGAAGUUCAUCAUUCAAGACAUUGAUGACACACAUGUCUUUGUCAUUGUGGAGCUGGUUAAUGUCCUCCAGGAACGAGUAGGGGAACUGAUGGACCAGAAUGCCUUUUCUCUUACCCAGAAGUGAAAAUGCUAGAUGUUGAGCACUCGGAAAUUACAAACCACAGACAUGGAAGAGAGGCCUACUCAGUGUCUCAUACAACACUUAGACUUUUUAUGAGCAUUUUGUGGGAAAGGCUGCAGAAUCCUUUAUUCAGACAAAAGCCCCUAAAUGAAUUUUUUGAACCCAUAAAAAUCUUUAAAGAA